GCCGCUCAACAUCCGGGCGGAGCGCGGUUGUGGUGGGGAAGAUGGCGGCGUCGGUCCUCCCUACUGACUGGAUCAAAAACUGGGAAAAAUCCGGCAAAAAUGAUUUCUUGCAGCUGUGUCAGGAUCUGGCAGGGAAGCCCAGCAGUGAAGUGUUCCUUAAAGAUCUCCAGUCAGCCUUGUACGAGCUUUGCUGGCAUGUCGUCCAGGGCAGUCUCAAGGUUGACGUGGCUGCCAGCCUCCUGGCUGAUGUUAUGGAGCUGCGAGAAGAUAUGCCAUCCAUUUUAGCUGAUGUUUUCUGUGUACUAGAUAUUGAGACUGGAUGUUUGGAGGAAAAACACAAGCGUGACCACUUCACCCAGCUGGUGGGAGCGUGUUUGUUCUGUGUUCCUGAUGCUGUGCUGAAAGAGAGGCUCGACCCGGAGACCUUGGAGUCCCUUGGCCUGAUCAAACAAGCCCUGCAGUUCAACCAGAAGAUCGUCAAAAUUAAGACCAAGCUAUUUUACAAACAGCAGAAGUUCAACUUGUUACGGGAGGAGAACGAAGGUUACGCCAAGCUGGUGACUGAGCUGGGCCAGGACCUCACAGGCAACGUCACCAGCCAUCUCGUCCUGGAGAGCAUCAAAUCUUUAAUAGGAUGCUUCAACUUGGACCCAAACCGGGUGCUGGACAUCAUCCUGGAGGUGUACGAAUGCCGUUCAGACCAGGACGAGUUCUUCAUACCUCUGAUCAAGUCCUACAUGUGCGAGCACCAGACCCUGUGCCACAUCCUGGGCUUCAAGUUCAAGUUCCAUCAGGAACCUAAUGGAGAAACGCCAUCGUCUUUGUACCACAUUGCCGCAGCCCUCCUCCAGCACAAUCUCAUUGCUCUGGAAGACCUCUAUGUACAUCUGCUUCCCGUAGACUCUACCAUCGUGGAGGAGCACAAGAGGGAGAUCCUGGAGGCCAAGCAGAUCGCCCGCAAGCUCACUAUGGUGGUGGUGCCCUCGGAGAAGACCGACGACAAGGAGAAGGACAAAGAGAAGGAGGAGGAAAAGAGCGAAAAGCCUCCCGAUAACCAGAAGCUAGGCCUGCUGGAGGCGCUGCUGAGGAUCGGCGACUGGCAGCAUGCUCAGAGCAUCAUGGAGCAGAUGCCAGCCUACUAUGCCACCUCCCACAAGGCCAUAGCCAUAGCACUGUGCCAACUGCUGCAUCUCAUCGUGGAGCCUCUCUACCGCAGGGCUGGGGUCCCUAAGGGUGCCAAAGGCAGCCUGCUGAAGCCUCUGCGGAGCAGGCAAGCUCCGUCUCCGGUGGAGACCUUUGAGGACCUUUCCAAGGAUGUCUUCACGAUGCUGGGCUACCUGGGCCCGCACCUCUCCCAUGACCCUAUCCUCUUCGCCAAGAUCGUGCGUCUGGGAAAGAGCUUCAUGAAAGAGUACCAAAGUGAAAGCAAGCAAGACGCCAAGGACAAAAUGGACUCCUUGCUCAGCUGUUUUCUCAGUAUUGCCGAUCAGGUGCUGCUGCCCUCCCUCACGCUUAUGGAGUGCAACGCCUGCAUGUCUGAGGAGCUCUGGGGUUUCUUCAAGCUCUUCCCCUACCAGUACAGGUAUCGACUCUAUGGGCAGUGGAAAAAUGAGACAUAUAGCAACCACCCGUUACUGGUGAAGGUGAAGGCCCAGACUGUGGACAGGGCCAAAUACAUCAUGAAGCGACUGACCAAGGAGAACGUGAAGCCCUCAGGGAGGCAGAUUGGCAAGCUGAGCCACAGUAACCCCACCAUUCUCUUUGAUUAUAUUCUCUCGCAGAUCCAGUGGUAUGACAACCUCAUCACCCCUGUGGUGGACUCUCUGAAAUACCUCACCUCUCUCAACUAUGAUGUGCUGGCUUAUUGUAUUAUCGAAGCUCUAGCUAACCCGGAGAAAGAGAAGAUGAAGCAUGACGACACUACUAUUUCAUCUUGGCUUCAAAGUCUUGCCAGCCUUUGUGGGGCAGUUUUCCGGAAGUACCCCAUUGAAUUGGCUGGCCUCCUCCAGUAUGUUACCAACCAGCUGAAGGCAGGAAAGAGUUUUGACCUGUUGAUCCUGAAGGAGGUGGUGCAGAAGAUGGCGGGGAUUGAAAUCACUGACGAGAUGACCGUGGAACAGCUGGAGGCCAUGACUGGAGGAGAGCAGCUCAAAGCAGAGGGAGGCUACUUCGGCCAGAUCAGGAACACAAAGAAGUCGUCUCAGCGUCUGAAGGACUCCCUGCUGGAUCACGAGCUGGCCCUCCCUCUUUGUCUACUGAUGGCUCAGCAGAGGAACGGCGUGGUCUUUUCAGAGGGUGGAGAGAAACAUCUCAAACUAGUGGGCAAACUCUAUGAUCAGUGUCAUGACACCCUGGUGCAGUUCGGCGUCUUCUUGGCGUCCAACCUCAGCACGGAGGACUACAUCAAGCGGGUGCCCUCCGUGGACAUCCUCUGUAACCAGUUCCACACACCCCAUGAUGCAGCCUUCUUCUUGUCCCGCCCGAUGUACGCCCAUCAGAUUUUGUCCAAGUACGACGAGCUGAAGAAGGCAGAGAAGGGCAACCGGCAGCAGCAGAAGGUCCACAAGUACAUUGCUGCGUGCGAGCAGGUGAUGGCCCCCGUGCACGAAGCUGUGGUGUCCCUCCAUCCGCCCAAGGUGUGGGAUGACAUCCGGCCUCAGUUCUACGCCACCUUCUGGUCACUGACCAUGUAUGACCUGGCUGUGCCCCAAAGUGCCUAUGACCGUGAGGUCAACAAGCUCAAAAUGCAGAUCAAGGCCAUUGAUGAGAAUACAGAGAUGCCAUUGAACAAAAAGAAGAAGGAGAAGGAGCGCUGCACUGCUCUGCUGGACAAGCUGCUGGAGGAGGAGAAGAAGCAGCUGGAGCAUGUGCAGAGAGUGCUGCAGCGCCUCAAACUGGAGAAGGACAACUGGUUACUCGCCAAAUCCACCAAGAACGAGACCAUCACCAAGUUCCUGCAGCUCUGCUUGUUCCCCCGCUGUGUCUUCUCAGCCAUCGACGCUGUCUACUGCGCUCGCUUCGUGGAGCUCGUGCACCAGCAGAAGACGCCCAACUUCUGCACCCUGCUCUGCUACGACCGCGUAUUCUCAGACAUCAUCUACACAGUUGCGAGCUGUACAGAGAACGAGUCUCGGCGCUACGGCCGUUUCCUGUGCUGCAUGCUGGAGACAGUGACGCGAUGGCACAGCGAUAAAACCACCUAUGAGAAGGAAUGUGGCAACUACCCAGGGUUCCUCACCAUAUUCCGAGCGAGUGGCUUCGAUGGAGGGAACAAGGCGGACCAACUAGACUACGAGAACUUCCGGCAUGUCGUUCACAAGUGGCAUUACAAGUUGACUAAAGCGUCUGUGCACUGUCUGGAAACGGGUGAGUACACCCACAUACGCAACAUCCUGAUCGUGCUGACCAAGAUCCUACCCUACUACCCCAAAGUGCUGAACCUGGGCCAGGCGCUGGAGUGCCGUGUGCACAAGAUCUGCCAGGAGGAGAAGGAGAAGAGGCCCGACCUUUAUGCAUUAGCCAUGGGCUACUCUGGCCAGUUGAAAAGCAGGAAAGUGCAUAUGGUUCCUGAGAACGAGUUCCACUACAAAGAGCCAGUGAGCAGCACUAACCCCGGCGGCCUGCAGAACGGGCCCGGCAACACCGGCAAGCCUGCAGCCGCCGCUGCCUCUGCCACCAGCAAGAACGAGGAGGGGACUGCUGAGGAUGCGGAGAAAUCUAAGGACAAAUCUCAGGUGGCUCAGAAAACUGCCAGCAAAAACCCGACCACGGCGAAUAAAGCAAGCAGCAGCAAUGGCAGCAGCACACCUAACAGCACCAAAGGGAGCAAAGAGAAGGAGGACAAAGAGAAGAGUGGGAAGGAGAAAAAGGAGAAGAAAGAGAAGAAUUCGGGGAGCACUCCAGAGGCCAAGGCAGGAGGGAAGGAGAAGCAGAAGGAGGAGAAGGCCGGCGACAACAAGGAGAAGACGCCCAAGGCCGAUAAGGACAAGAGGAAGGACGAGAAGAAGGAUGAGAAGAGCAAGACAGACGGAAAGUCCACCGACAAAGAGUCGUCCAAGGAGCGAGACGUGUCCAAGGAGGGCAAGCAGAAGGAAAGCAGCAAGGGGGAGAAGACCCCUGGGCCGGGUUCCCUCAAGUCACCGGUUCCCAGAUCAGAAGGAGCAGAGUCAGAACGGGAACAAAAAAGACGAAAGCUUGACACCCACUCUUCGCCAUCACACUCCUCUGCGGUUAAGGACAAUCUCAACGACUUAAAGGACUCAGUCUCCAAGCAUCACGCCAACCACAGCACAGCCCCGACCAAGACCGAGGCCGACAAGAAAGAGUCUGAGAAAUCCAGGGAUCGAUCCAAAGAGAGGGAGAAGAAGGAGGACAGGAAGGACCGCAAACGAGACUACUCGAACACCGACCGCGAGAUGAGCCAGGAAGCCAAGCGCCGCAAAGAUGAGAACGGAACAAGCUCCUCCAAGCACAGCAAGAGCGCAAGUCCGCCCGACUCGCCCCGCUCCAAUGACAAGGACAACAGCAAGCGCUCCAAAUCCACCAGCAAAGACAAGACAGACCUGGCAAAGACUGACAAAACCUCUGGAAGCAAAAAGGAAUCCAGGCACGACAAAGAGAAAUCAGAGAAGAAGAGAGACAGCACCGGUGCGAAAGAAGACAAAAAACAUCAUAAAUCAUCCGAAAAGCACAGAUAAUGUAUGCUGGCGCGGUCAAGAAUUCCCUGUUGUGAGCUGUGACGAGGCGGAGACCCCCGUUCGCCCGAAACUUCUUUCAGCCAUGUCAGCAUCUCGACUCUUUUUUUCACCGUCUAAGCAGAGGAUUGGUUCGCACCCUAGCUUUUCCUUUUUUGCCUGCGUAGAUACUUUUGUUGUUGCAUUGCCUAGAAAAUGUCGUAGCUUGUAUUUUAACCUGCCAUUUUUUAUUGUGAUAUUUUCAGUGCUGUGCUGAAAGUUCAUUUCCUUUAAAUUUUAGCACAAUGUGCUGCUGUACUUCACCAGUGGAAUUGGGGUCUGAAUGAUGUCGCUCUCAAAUUUGCUUGCAUUUUUAUGACGAACACACUUUUCUUUCCUCCCCCCCUUUUUUUUUUACUUAGUUUUUCCUUUAAGCAGACAGAAUGCUUCUCUGCCUCAGUUAGAUUUCCAGUUUAUUUAUUUUUGUUUCUCUUCCUUUUAAUCCAUGUGAAAUAUUUAGACGUAGGUGUUUGAAGCAGUGCGAAUGGUCGAUUUGUAUAUUAUGUAUACUUUAAAUAAAAUGGUUACUUGUUAUACAUAAUUUCCUGUAACUUUCAUUUCCAAUGUAAGCCACCUGAAUUCCUCACUGUGUGUUCAAUCACGUUUUUAAAAGAUUUGUAUAAAUGAAUAAAAAAGAAUGGCGAGCUGGAUUUCUUCAUAAAUAAAUGGACUACAGAAAAAUGGAAAGUGUUUGUCACUUUGAGGACUAAUUUUAAAGUUUUUAAUCUGCUCAAGUCUGCCGGUGUAUGCUUUUUUCUAAAUAAAGAUAGUUUUCUCAGUG